CUGGAGCCACUUCGCUCUUUAACCGUGUGGAGAUUACCAAUCGCUUCUCCGUGCUUCUUUAAAUGUAGAGGGGUAUCUGUCUUCUCACGCAACAGGCUGCACCACCAAUGUGAAGAGCAGCAUUGUAACUGCGCAUUCGCGGGAGACUUUGUCUACGCCAGCGCCGAGGAUGAAGAAGCAAAACGUCCGGACCCUGUCGCUCAUCCUCUGCAUGUUCUCCUACUUGCUGGUGGGCGCCGCCGUCUUCGACGCGCUCGAGUCUGAGACGGAGAGCUACCGCAGGCGCGUCUUGGAGCAGAAGCGCAACGAGAUGAAGAAGAAGUACCGCUUUUCCGAGGAAGACUACCGCGAAAUUGAACGGGUGGUACUGCAAGCGGAGCCCCAUCGAGCCGGGAGACAGUGGAAAUUUGCUGGUUCUUUUUACUUCGCUAUUACAGUCAUCACCACCAUUGGUUAUGGUCAUGCAGCACCAGGCACAGACACAGGAAAGGUGUUCUGCAUGUUCUAUGCAGUACUGGGCAUUCCUCUGACUUUGGUCAUGUUCCAGAGCCUGGGAGAGAGGAUGAACACAUUUGUGCGCUAUCUCCUCUAUAAGGCCAAACAGUGCCUGGGCUUUAAACUCACUGAGGUGUCCAUGGAGAACAUGGUUCUAGUAGGAUUUUUAUCCUGUAUUGGUACACUGUGUGUGGGAGCUGCAGCUUUCACUCACUUUGAGGGAUGGAGCUUCUUCCAUGCUUACUACUACUGCUUCAUCACACUCACCACAAUUGGCUUUGGAGACUUUGUGGCCCUGCAGAAAAAAGAGGACCUCCAGGAGAAAACCCCCUAUGUGGUUUUCAGCUUCAUGUACAUUCUGGUAGGGCUUACAGUUAUUGGGGCCUUCCUGAACUUGGUGGUUCUUCGUUUUCUCACCAUGAACAGUGAAGAUGAGAAAAGAGAUGCUCAAGAAAGGGCAUCCUUGAAGAGGGACAGAGGCCUUUUGGAUGGGGGCUUGAGUAUCCAUCUCGUGGGUGACCACAGCAGAAAUGACUGCAGGGAGAGGAGCAGACACAACCUGGCGUACAGUCCGCUGUUCGUGCCGAUGGAGGAGGGAACGAGUCGCACCAACCUCAUCGGAUCCUCAGCAGACAACCAUGAGAGAGGGAGAAGCCCCUGCAAACACAGGCUGCAUUUGCAGGUGACGGCAGACGCACGCAAGCCAGAGUCAAGCCUCAGCUCUCUUUGCUCUUGUGUGUGCUACCGUCUGGGCAUUUGUGAUAGCCCCCUCAUGGCCCGCAGUCAACGCAAAGGCUGCCGUGUCAGUUCUGUUUACUACAACUCUGUGUCCUAUAGGAUCCACAACAGCACCCCGGGCUCCAGGAACAAUAGUAGACUCUCUUCCCCUGGAAGCACACUCUCACAUGUCUUCCAGGAGUUCCCUCGAUCAAGGAGAAUGUCAGUGUGAGGCCCCAGGUUUUUUUUUUUGUUUUUGAGUUUUUUUCCCCCCUUGUUUGGAAUGGUCAGUGAAGCAUUUUUUUCUUUUGCUUAUUAAACAAUUUUCUUUUGUAAAGCACACUACUGUCAAAUAAGCUGAUGUUAUCCUUGUGCACGUUUCCCAAGUGCAUGCUCAUUGGAAUGUAUAGCACACAAUGUGGAUGCUGAGUGGUUCUGUAAGAUAUGAAGUGUCUUCUAAUCCGCAUUUAAAACUAAAAUGUUUUCCUUUCACCGUAGCAUGCUACUAAAUAAGAUCACCAUAAUACCUGUAUAAGAAAACAGCUCUCAGAAUGUUGCAGUGCAUUCUACAUCAUUGGACACUACAACCACAAUAACACACAUACCUCUGACAGUCUUGCAACUUUAAACUUGUUUUAAUUACAACUGAUGAUUUGGUCUUGUAUUGGAUGUCAUUAGAUUGUACCAAUGAUUUGACCUGCACGUGUAUACAUAUUGUGAAAAUGCCUUCAUCAACUUUGACCCAGCAAAUGAGAGAUGUGGCUUCUUAGCUCAGUGAAUUUAAUACAUUUUUGUAGUACAUAUCAAGAGGGGUGGUGUGUGUGUGUGUGUGUGUACGUCUGUGGAGAGGGGUCUUAUUGUCUAACAAUAAUUCACUUGAAUGUAAACACUGGUUUAUACUUUAUUUAAUGGAUGCAGCAGAUACCUGAUGCGGAAUGUAGCAUUGUACAGUAAACCUCCCAUAAUAUUUGAAAACGCAUAAGGGAAGAGGCGUUAACUUGAGAGCUAAUGUGACAUGUAAUAUUGUUUGAUUAAACCAGAAAAAAUACUUUAACCUAUGUUUUUUUUGUCUUCUGUUGAUGUUUUUGUUUUACUAUAUAUCUAUUAUCGAAGGCAUAUAAUUAUUUCAAUUAGAUUAUAUAUGGUUUAAAAACAUCAAGAGAAAAAAAAUAUUCUGGUAUUGACAAAGCAAAGGAGCAGUGGCGAGAGACAUACAUUUCAUUUGGUUAUUGUUUAUUUUUGUGAGUUUCAAAAAUUCUAAUGGAUUUAAUGAUUAAAAUUAAAUAUUUAUUUUGUUUCAAAGUCUUGUUAUGGAAAUGGGGAAUGUGUGUGUGUGUGUGUUUUGAGUCCAGGGUGUACCCCGUCUCUCGCCCGAAGAUAGCUGCGAUAGACUCCAGCACGCCCGCGACCCUAGUGAGGAUAAGCAGUACAGAAAAUGGAUGAAGAACUUGGAUUUCCAUUUUAAAGCAUGACCGAGGCAAAGGAUAACUUUGACAGUGGGGCCCUCUAGAGGGGAGAACUCUCCUUCCGGAUGUUUGAGAAAGGUAACCACUAAAGGACAGCAUUUACUCACAUAAACUCAGAUCUUCCGCUCAAGCAUGAACUUCUAGUCUUAACCGACAUGCAUAACAGCAAAGACAAAAGUGCAUAACAGUAAAGACAAACAGUGUCAUAUCAACCAUCUUGUGUUGCACAAUUUCUGUGUUGCCCUUCAAACUCUGUGGAUACAAGUGCAUAAAUGAUCCUAACUACUCAAUAAUCCUAUUACACUCUCGUCUUUAUACAUUUGUAAUAACGGUAAAGACUCGCAAUUGUUCUGACACUUUUGCAAAUUCAUGCUAUUCUUUUUUGAUGUUUCCUAUUGUGUGAAUGCAAAACGGCUGCCAUGUCCUGGCACU